AUGAUGGCGGAGGGUGUCACGGGGGGAGCGACGCCUUCGGUGCCGGCAGCGACAGCAGAGCCACGAUCGAUCAAUAACACCACGCCCGGCGGGGCGGCCUUGUCCCUCGGAAGCGGCGAGUCGGCGGCGGCAGCGGCUGUAACCGCGGGAGGUACCGGAAACAAUGGCGAAGGAGGAGGAGGAGUGGGCGCAGGGGGGGCGGAGAGGGCUGCCAAGGGGCAGGUUGCGCUCAUCAACGUGGAAGGCAUGACGUGCGCGAUCUGCGUGGGAAUCGUCACUAACCUCUUGGCCAGGGUACCCGGCGUGACGAGUUCCGAGGUCAGCCUGCCCCUGGAGAGGGCCACCGUGUACUUCGACUCAGCCGUAACCACCCCUGAACAGCUGUUGGACGCGGUGGAGUGCGGGGGCUACGAGGCCAAUCUGCACGCCGUAGACGAUGACGGCGACACCGAGCUUGUCGACCCCGAAGUGAAGGCAGCCAAGAUGAGAGCGGCGAUCAAAAGCGCUAGGAAGGUCUUCUUGGUGAGCCUGGUGUUCUCCCUACCGCUGAUGGUGGUUAGCAUGGGCUUCCGGAGCAAGGCUAAAGGCGGUCUGAGCGAAGUCCUAUUCACUCAAGUGGUGCCCGGCCUGUCGGUGCGAUCAAUAAUCGAGUGGGUCUUGGCUACGCCGGUUCAGUUCGGCUGCGGCGCGAGGUUUUACAGGUCGGCGGCGAAGGAUCUGCGCAACAGGGCCCUCGGCAUGAACUUCUUGGUUGCGGGAGGCACGACGGCCGCCUAUCUCUACAGCGUCGUCCUCGUCCUCCUCGCUGUCUCCACCGCUCAGGCACACUCGGCGAUGCUCUUCUUUGAAACGUCGGGCGUCCUGAUUUCGUUUGUGCUUCUCGGGAAGUGGCUGGAGCUGAUGGCCAGGGGGAAGGCUUCGAAUGCGGUCGGGAAGCUUCUGGAUCUCCGUGCGGACCGGGCCGUGCUCGUCUCCGACUGGCCGCUGUGUGAGCUCUCGGGCGAGAAGGACGAGGACGCUUCUGCCUUGGUCGUGGGGGAUGUGGUCAAGGUCGUCAGGGGCGCGAAGGUGCCGGCCGACGGCGUGGUGUUACGAGGUAACGCUGCCGUGGACGAGAGCAUGGUUACUGGAGAGUCCAUGCCGGUUCACAAAGAGGAGGGGUCGGAGGUCAUCGGUGCGACGGUGUGCAGCGAGGGCUUGGUGUACAUCAGGGUCACCCGCACAGGGAAGGCCUCCGCUCUGCACCAGAUCGUCAGGCUUGUCGAGCAGGCACAGGGAUCGAAGGCGCCCAUCCAAGAGGUCGGCGACCGUGUUGCGGCCGUGUUUGUGCCGUGCGUGGUGUGCCUCUCGCUGCUUACCCUCGUCGUCUGGCUUGCGCUAACCAUGUCCGGCGCGGUUCCUGAACACUGGUACCGGGACCAGCCCGGGAACCCAGGGCCGGCGCUGUUCUCGUUCAUGUUCUCUCUCGCCGUGAUGGUGAUCGCGUGCCCCUGUGCCGUGGGUCUGGCAGCCCCUACUGCCAUUCUGGUGGGCACCGGAGUCGCGGCGAGGCACGGCGUUCUCGUGAAGGGGGGAGCCGCGCUGGAGCGAGUGAGCGAGCUCAAGAGGGUCGUCUUCGACAAGACGGGCACCCUGACCAUGGGAAAGCCGAGGGUGACUGAAGUAGCCUACGUCCAAUCCCACGGCCUCACCAAGGCCCUGUCCAAGCAGAAGGGAGGGGACGGUGACAGCUUAUCCCCCGGUGGAGGUCUCGGCCUCCUCCCUCCCGCCCAAGAGGUGCUCCGUCUCGUCGCCAGCGCGGAGCGGGGUAGCGAGCACCCCCUUGCAAAGGCCAUUGUGGAGUUCCACUCAUCGGCGUUCCCCCAGGCAGAGGGGAACGAUUCAGAGCACUCCCGGGCUGGUCGGCUGGAGAUGCCGGAGGACGGGAGCACGACCGCGGUGUCCGGCAAGGGCCUCUCCUGCACGGUCCGAGGCCUCAAGGUCUGUGUGGGAAGCCCCGGCUACAUCGAAAGAGAAAUCGGUUCCCCGGCGGGACCCCUUCUGGAGCUCGUCGUGAGGGAACUGCAGAGCUCCGGACGGACCGUGGUGAUUGCCGCCAUCGAACGUCACGUGGCCGGGGUCUUCGGGCUGGUGGACACCCUCCGUCCUGAGGCGAAGGGGGUCGUCUCCGAGCUCACCGGCAUGGGUCUCGAGGUGUGGAUGCUGACGGGCGACAACCGGCGGGCAGCCCACGAGGUGGCGAGGAGGGCAGGACUGCCGCCGGACCGCGUCUGCGCCGAGGUUCUCCCCGGGGACAAGGCUUCCAAGAUCGAGGAACUCCAGGAGGAUGGAAAGGCGGUCGCGAUGAUCGGGGACGGAAUCAACGAUGCACCGGCUCUCGCAACGGCGGACGUGGGCAUCGCCGUCGGCGGUGGGACAGACGUGGCCGUCGAGUCGGCGGAUGUGGUUUUGAUGGGCUCGAGCAUUUGGGACGUCUUCACCUCUCUCGAUCUCUGCCGGACCAUCCUUGCUCGGGUCCGCUACAACUACUUCUGGGCCCUCUUGUACAACAGCGUCGGGCUGCCGAUAGCUGCAGGCGUUCUGUUUCCCUUGCUCGAGGUUACUCUGCCGCCAAUGCUGGCUGGAGGUGCGAUGGCGCUAUCGUCGGUCUCUGUACUGCUCUCCUCCCUCGCGCUCAGGCUGUACCGCCCCCCCGCAGCCGCGCGAAAGGCGAGGUCCAAGCGGUCCUCCGCCGUGGCCGAGGAGUCCGGCACAGCCGGCCUGGAGUCGGAAACGGCUACCGUGUGGACGUUGGAUAUUGGCUGCACAUGCUCUUGCUGCAGGGACGGCGCCAACAAGGAGCUGGGGGCCAUCGUUGGCUCCGCGGAUGGCCUACGCCGCCGCACACGGGCUGGUGUCAAAGGCGGGGGCGGACGAGCAGUCGCCGCUUCUCCCCUCUCCGGACCCCGUGGCCCGUCCGAGAGCUGCUGCCACGGCGUCAACGCCGGCAGCACGAAAACUAGGACGAUGCUGCAGCAGCGGUCUUCACCGGCUCCUUUCCAAGUGCUAGCUGCGCCCAAGUGCCCUUGGAUCGCCGCUGACCCGGAAACCGGCGGGGUGAGGCCGGGGUGCGCGUGCUCGUGCAGCUUCUGCCGUUGCGUCCGAGCCGAGGAGCCUUGAGACCCCCCCCUUUUCCGCGCAUCGGCGUGACAUCUUCACUUCUGAGAGGUGGCGGUGGUGGCGACGAAGGCUCGAUGGAUGGAAUCCUCCCAGCGGUUCUCUUGUUUUUUUGCUACGGGCUGUACCAGGCGAUGAGGUAAUCUUGGUCGUGACUAGGCACUCAGUGCGGGCCCGUACAGUAAUUUUUUUUUUUUAUGUUAACUUGACCCAACGUUUUCUUUCGGAAUUGUUUUGCCGAUCUUGGCCGUUCCCAGUUCGGGUAGUGGAGGUCCCAAUCAUGCAGGAAUUUAGCUUUUCAGCAUCUAAACUCAAUGAGCGGAUUUGUGCAAUAUAUUGCGAAUUUGUUGGUGGCCUUCAAGCAGUUGAAUGUUGAUGUAGGCGUUUUUCACACGAUUGUAGAAACAAUUCGGAUGACGAAGGCCCGAGUCAUGCAGGAAAUGCAUGUAUUUGUCAAUGAAUGGAUUCGUGCAUGUCGUGAAUUUGUGUUUGGCCUUGGAGAAACUGUUUGUUCUCUCGGUCGUAUUGUAGCUAGGAGUUACGCUCGUAGAAAUCUAUUUGUUUUUUGAUCCAGGUGUUUGUU